AUGCCUAACAAGGACUCUCACGACCGAUUAUUAAAAGGUAGUCCGUCUGGAAUCACAAUAGCCUUCCACUAUGCCGAUGCUCUACACAAGCAUAACUGGCUCGGCGGAGAUGCCGCCGCAUAUGUCUACCACGUCAGCCCAACGAUUGCAGUGAAGACCAUCCGCCUCGACCUGAGCGACCCGGAAAAGGAGUGGUUAGAAGAGCACCAGCUGGCCAAGGACAUAGCGUUUUACAAGCGACUCAACGAGCGUCAAGACCGUUGCCCACAUGAAGUUGAAUGCUCCCUGAUACUCCCUGACCAUUUGUUCCUAUCAAUCUGCUCGAAUGGGGCAAUAGAAAAGCGAUACUAUAAGCGUCAAGAGCGAGAAAACGACCACCUCUUCGGUCGAUUGCUACGGAGUACGUGGAAAAGAUGGGCUACUGUCACAACGACCCGCGGUCAGGCAACUGUCUUCUAG